AUUUAUUGCAAAAGCAGGAAAUCGCUUAUUACUAAACUAGCUGGCAAGGGAGCAGGAGCCGAUGCUGUUCCACACUGGCACAGCACUUGCUUAGCUGCUGCUUUCCCUGCCUCUCCUUGUUCCGCUCUUUCUUCUUCUUCUUCCCCCUCUUUCUCUCCUCUCUCCCUCUCUCUCUCCUCUUCUUUUUUUCAUUUUGGCUUCUAUUCAAAUGUGGGUCAGGGGUGAGCGGCUCCCAACGUCACAAGCUUGCAAGAUGGCGCUGGGAGGAAGGCUGUGAGAUGAGGAACAGGCUGGUAUAAACCGAGAGGACAGGAGAGGGAGAGGAGGAGGAGGAGGAAAGGGGAAGGGGAAGAAAAGCUGCUGCUCCAGAUGCAAUAAGAAGGAAGCUAUUCUGUACUGAAUCAGCAUGGGAUAGAGUGCCUAGAAGACGUUCAGACCAAGCACAGCUAGCGGUGUGCAAGCUGCCUCUGAAGAUAAGUGCAUCUGGCCGCCUAUUUUCCUGUCUUCUGUAUACCUGAUACAAACUGCAAGAGAGCUCUAAAGAGGUUUUUUGUAUUUUACUCCUGGUCACAUGUUUGCGUCCCUGCUGGUUCUCCAUUCUGCAUCCGUGCAGCCACGUUCUAUUGAUGGCCUGUUGUGAUUUCAAUGGAACAUCAUGGGAUGUACCUGGCACGUCGGGCAGCACUGGAUGGAGGUGCCUUUAGCCCAAUGUACCUGGCAUGUACUGUUAGUUCACUGUUCAGGUGCUCGGUGUCUAGCCUUCUCAUCCAUCCACAAAUCCUCUACGUGAAAUGAGUGAUUCCUUAGAUCUGUUUUUGAUUGAUUCUUUGCUUCACUGGUGUUGCUUCUUAAAAGGUGGUAAGGUGAAGGUGAAAGGAAGAGAAGGUGGAGAUGGAACUGCCAAAUCAUGCCAAACAACUGCUACUGCAGCUGAACCAGCAACGAGCCAAAGGUUUCCUCUGUGAUGUGAUCAUUGUGGUAGAAAAUGCCCUGUUUCGUGCCCAUAAGAACAUCCUGGCAGCCAGCAGCAUGUAUUUCAAAUCCCUUGUCCUGCAUGACAACCUGAUUAACUUAGACACGGACAUGGUGAACCCCACCGUGUUCCGGCAGAUCUUAGACUUUAUUUAUACUGGUAAGCUCUUAACGACUGACCAGCCCGGUGAACAGAACUUUAAUGCUCUCCUCACCGCAGCAAGCUACCUCCAACUGCACGACCUGGCAGCUCUCUGCAGAAAGAAGCUGAAGCGGAACAGCAAGUCCUUUGCUGGGAAGGCCGGUGGCCUUGGUGUUGGGAGAUCUGCCAGGAGUCAGAGACUUUCCACUGCUUCGGUCAUCCAAGCUCGCUAUUCAGGGUCAAAUGAGGGGUUGAAGGGCUCGCACUCAAAGGAGCUGUCAAAGGGAAAGCUCUCCGAUGACGAGGUCUUCAUCAGCAGCUCCAACCAAGAGAACUGUCACUCCUUAAGCAGGGGAGCCAGUAAGAAUGGCGGUGGGGGCAGCAGUGCAAAUGGGAGCACUGGCGACCAGGAGCUAGGCCUCGACCUGUCCAAAAAAAGCCCGUCACUCCCUGUUGCAGCCUCCCACGAUGACACACAGCACAGUGAAAGCCAGCAUGGCUCUCCCCAAUCUGCCUCAGCCCCCGCAGCCAACAGUGCCUCAUCAUUUGACGAGUCUGGAGUCGGAGCCCCUCAUAGCAUGGCGGACAGCAGUGACCCCAUGGAGAUGGAUCUGAGCGAAGAGUGCCAUCACUCAUUGACAGAGAGCAGCCAGCGCAAGGGCCUCCGGCACUCAUCCCGCAAGAAGGAGUGGAUCAAGAAAGACAACGCCUUUGACCGAAAGGAGGGGGGCAAAGACAGGGAUGAGGGUGAAGGGCUGCCCAAUGGUAUCCUGCUGGGGCCCUUGUCCAAGUCUGUGGAGCGGAGUCUGGCUGGGGCCUAUGGCACAGACCUACCCUACCCAUGUAAGGAGGAGGUGGAAAAUGGUAAGGAGAACAGUGACGACAGUGGCCAGAGCGAGAGCGAGAGCGGCGGGCAUACUAGUGCCAACUAUGUCUACCGACAGGAGGGGUUUGAGCCAGUGGCCUACGGUGACAACCUGUAUGUCUGUAUCCCCUGCGGCAAAGGCUUCCCCAGCUCCGAGCAGCUCAAUGCCCACGUGGAGACACACACCGAGGAAGACCUUUACAUCAAGGAGGAAGGCACCUACGGCGGCAAGGACGAAGCCGAGGAUUUGUCCAACCCCAACCAGUCCUACGCUGCGGAGUCCCGGCCCUUCAAGUGUUCAGUGUGUGAGAAGAGCUACAAGGAUCCGGCCACGCUGCGACAGCAUGAGAAGACUCAUUGGCUGACGCGGCCCUUCCCUUGCAACAUCUGCGGCAAGAUGUUUACGCAGCGGGGCACCAUGACACGACACAUGCGCAGCCACUUGGGGCUCAAGCCCUUUGCUUGCGAGGAAUGCGGGAUGCGCUUUACCCGGCAGUACCGACUGACAGAGCAUAUGCGUGUCCACUCAGGAGAAAAACCCUACGAAUGUCAACUGUGUGGUGGGAAAUUCACCCAGCAGCGCAAUCUGAUCAGCCACCUGCGAAUGCAUACCUCUCCCACAUAAGCCAAAGACUCCAGAAUGAGCUUCGAGCCCAUCCGCAGUGAUUUACCUUUCUGUAGACUUGCUGCUUAAAAAAAAAAAAAACAAACAAAAAGAAAAAAAAAAACAAACAAAAAAGGGGGCAACUCCCCAUACUCUGUUCAGUCAUGGGAGGCCUAAACAAAUGUAGCUUUAACAUUUAAAAAAAAAAGUUCCUUUUUUCCCUUUUUUUAAAAAAAAGAAAGGUCCACAGCCAAGCUGAUGCAUUUAGUCUAACUCUCCCUCCAAAUCUUGGUGGUCUGGCAAGAAAUGCCACUUCUUUUUGCGCACAUCGACUUCAUUGUCAUAUUGAUUAUCUGGAGCAGGUAGGGGAAUCAUGGGGAACUUUCGACCUCUGCUGGCUGCCCAUUCCCUGCCUCUUUCCUUCAUGUUACUGUCACCCUACUCACCUCCUCUCUUAAAACCAAUUUCAGUAGGGGCAUUUCUUGCCAUUAAAAAGCAAAUUCAGUACACCUUUUCAGUGGCCUAAGUAGCUGUGAAAUAACGUAGCAUUGCAUUCAGAAGUGCAGAAGCUGUGUCUGUGGACCAUCUCACAGGGUUGGCAGCCCCUUUGGAUAUUGUGGGAAAGCCAUAUCCGUGGUAGAACCCACCACCCUUCCCCUGGGCUGGCGAUGGUGGGGAGAGCAGUCUACCUAGGUGUGCACCAGCCAGAAAUGGCGAUACCUCCUCACCAUCCCUCCCUCUUUUGGUUUUGAUCUUUAUCCUUGGCACACGUAACCACACGCCACCUUUUCCCACAAAACACACAAACCUCUUCUGCCUCACCCAUGACUGAACAGGGACUGGAUGCCCUGGGAAUUUCUUUCAGUGAGCAGGGGGUCGUCUUUACUUUUCUAGUAGUUUCGUAUGAAUAUUCUUUGCUUAGAGGUACUUGUUUUAUUAAAGGAAAAACCAUUGUAACGUUUAUGUGAAUGUUUGAACUGGAAGGUCUGAGGUUAAUUCUAGGGUGGGUGGGCGGGGAGGGGGUUUGAUGUAGGCUGGACUUGCUACAAGUUCCUUAGGUACUUUUUUAUUAUUUUUUAUUUUAUUUUUUGUGUGUGUGUAUGUUUUUAGCUUUCCUCCCUCACUAAAGAGCAAGUCUGUGUGGACAGACUUGUUACCUUUGCUACCUCUUGAAUUCAUGAGAACAAUAAGAUGGUUAGUGAAAGAUUAGGCAUUUUUUUUCUCUUAUUGUAAGUAAUUAAAUGUAUAAAAGUAGAAGCUAAAUUAAAGUUAAGGGAUUUUUACCACCCCGUCCUUCCAUCGAAAGUCAGCUAGAGAAAUGUUAAAGCAAAGCUCAGCCAAAGACAAAGCAAAAAAUACGUUGAGCCAGAGGCUGUGCUGGCUGCUUGGACUGGCUCAUUCACAGUCUCUUGGCUGUUUGUAGUCACUUUCAGAUAAAAGAAGAAAACUUCUCUGAGCUUUUUGGGCCCUUUCCAGUUUUGUUUAUUGAAUCUGGAUACUAUGGGGAGGGGAAAAUGUCCCCCUCAUCUUCCACUCCCCCAGCACAUCUGGGUCAGUCUGUAAACACCUGGCAGGACAGAGGGUGAGGGCAUAGCAGCCUAUAAUUUACUAGAAUCCAGAGUGCAAUAAGGUGGGGGAGAGGAGGAAAAAGCAAACCAAAGUGUUUCAUAUCCUCCCUUUUAGACAAUUUAACACACGCACACAAAAAAAAAAAAAGAAAAAUGAAAAGAAAAAGAAACAAAAUGUUCUUGCAACAUCUGCAUAAGACAUCACAGCCAACAGCUGCUAUUGGUUUAGGAGAGAAGACAGAGAACUUAGCCCACCAAUUCUUGGCCCUCUUGACUUUGUUGGCGUGACCUUGUGGAAAGCUAUGGCUUAUUUCAAGCCUCUCGUGACUGUGGUGGUAAAAAUUCACAGCCAGUAGAAUCAUCCCUUCUGAAUUGACUAAGGUUUACACUUGUGUUUUUUCUUUUUUUUUUUUUUUUUUAAUUCUCCACUCAAUCCAGUAUAGUUUCUAUGCGUAAGGUUUACCAAACCUCACAUUUUGUCUUUUUUAAAAAAACAAACCCAAUUUUUUUUAAGUUUUGACCAAAAAAGAAAAAAGAAAAAAAAAAAAGAAAAAAGUGAGCAUGUUUGACUAAAACAAAGAAAUAUAAGCUUCAUUUUCUAUUGGGUUUUUUUGUUUGUUUUUUGUUUUUGUUAAGGUAGACUAGUCCAUAAGAAGUUUUUGGGUCAAUUGAAUGAACUGAGGAAACUGGAAUCCAGGCUCCAAGCAAUAGAGAACCCAAAGGCGCUGAGCCUUGGCCUGGUGUCUUGUUACAGGGAACACGCUUGCCCCUCUUGCCUGCUGCGCUCCAGUGUGCUUCUCCCAGUGCCAUUGUCUGCUUGCUCCCAGACGCCUGCAAGCUGUGGAGCGUGAGAGGGGAGCAUGGACUUUUGGGGGUUUUUUUCUAAUUGUGCUGAGAUGUGCUGUUUUCUUUUGGGGGGUUGGGUGAGGUUUUAGUGUCUUUAGCACUUCUACAUUUUGAAUAGAUAUUGAAUCUUUUCUCCUUUAUUCCUUGCCAACCCCCCCGCCAAUGUCCCCAAAAUAGUCUUUGGGGAGGACAGGGAAGGCCUUGCCAUCUACCUUUUUCUCAGAGCAAGUCUCAGCAGGGCCCAGGGACAGCCGUGCAAGAUGAGUUCCUAGGCGCUUUCGCCCUGCCUUUACCUUCCCUCCAACCACCCUAAACCUGAGCUGCAUCCCACACUGGCUUACGCUGCAGCCAGAGCAGGCUCCCCUUGCUGCCGGCUGGCUAAGGACCCAUCGAGUUCAGAUUUUCAAAACAACUUUUAGCUCCCUUAGUGAGAAGGGCACGGCCAGGGAUGAGCCCUGUCCCCCGCUGCAGGUUUUGGAUGCGGGUUUCCCCCAUUCACUUGUGGCCCUGCAGUUUGCUGAGAUGCGGCCGCCACCGCGGCAUGUGGCCAGCAAUGGGGACAGCAGGUGGGUGUCUGUGCAGAAGCCACCCUUGGGACAGCAGUUCAAGAUAUGACCAACUGAGCCGAGCGACGGAGCAGCCCAAGGAAGCAGUGAGCUCCUCAGUGGGCAAAUAACCUGCUCCCCCUUGUUUAAUUCCAUUUUUACAAAUGUGUGUGGGUGAUGUAGCCUCUCCCCCCACCUCCAGGCCCCCUCUUCAUUUGCUUCUUAAGCCUCAAGAAUCAUGUUGAAGUUUCAGGACCCAAUGCUAUUUUUAAAAAAUUUUUUUUGGAGCAUCUAUUUUUUUUCCUUUAUCCCCUCCCCAGCACUUAAACAAUACGACAUAAAGUCUGUGUACAGCAAGAGUAUUGUACAAAAGGAAAUUUCAUUCUUUUUUCAAGUAGCUGUGUAAAGUUGUGUUCCAUAGAUUGAGUAUAAACAACAUUUUCCAAAUUGUGACAGUAAUAAUGAAUAACUAAUAAUACUCAAAACUUCAGGGACUGUUUCAGGCCUGCUUGGGGCCUAAACACUCAACUGCAUUUGUACGACAUAGUAUUGUAUCAAACAUUUUUCUGUAUUUUAAUGAGAAAGCAAAACACUAGUUUCAUAUUUAAGAUUUUAAGAGUUUUAGGGUGGGGGGGAGGGAGUUGCAUAUUUGUUUUUUUUUAUUUUAUUUUAAUUUUUUUUGAAAUACACAAAGAGCCUCAAGAGGAAUAAAACAAUUUAAAAACAAACAAAAAGAAAAAAAAAAAAGAGGCCAGGCAGCUUAAGUAUAUGCUUUAGUCACUUAGUUCCAGAAUGUUUUCGGAAUAACAGGAAAAAAAAAAAGAUAAAAUAGCAAAAGUUGUAUAAAAGAAUAAAGAAGCUCAUACCCAAAUUCACAAAACUAUUUUUUAAACCAAAGCACAUUUGAAUGAGUAUGGAACCUCACUUGGCUCAGAAAAGUACUAAUAUAUUUAUCUCAUUGUUUACAUAAACUUUUACAGUUUCAGACCUCAACAGAUCUAGGGGCCAGUCAAAAUUAAUCUUUGCUUUUUCCAUUGGUUUGUCUCCGAAGGCUACGCAGCGUUCCCCAGCUUGGGAGGGGAGAUCUGUGUCCCAGCCUGCAUUCCAGCACUGCUCGGGGAGGGUGGGGAGAGGGAGGGCAAUUAGAAAUAUGGCAUGUAGAUAUUAUUUUUUUUUGUCUUCAACCCAUGAGAGAUAUUGCUGGGAGUGAGACCCAGGCACUAUUGCAGAGGCAUUCCAGCCUACCUCUUCCUCAGAGGAGUCUGAGGGUACCAAGAGGGUAGAGGGAGAUGUGAGAAGCUCUAGAGAUAGAGAAGGAUGUUGUCAGAAGAUGGUGGGAGCUGCUGUACCCAGCACAUCUCCUUAACGUUAGCCACGGGGAGCUGGGCUGAGCUGCUUUCCAAUCCUUUACUGCAAAACCUCCAAAAACAAAUUCCUGGAAAAAAAACCCAAAAGCCUAGCUCUGUGCAUUUGGGGGGAGUUAGCAGGAGCCACAAAGAUCACAGAAGACACCAAAGAGCUAUUGACACGCAGCUUCUGUGAGGCUUUGUGGCUGCUGACCUGGAAGAGUACGCACAACUCUGAACUGCCCCUCUGCGCCGGGCAGGGGCUGUCACAGAGGUGGCUGAUCUCCCUGCGCUGACUGGGGUAGCUUUAAUGGUCUGGCGUGGGGCAAGAGUACGGAGCUGCCGCCUCCUGUUCAGAGCUGUACUGUUCAGACCAUCUGAGCCACCUUUUAAUUAAACAGCUGGAAUGAUUCACUCCAGACCUUACAGUCAUGUGCAGAGCCCAACCAAAACUCCUAAGUCUUUCUUGGUGGAAACCUAAGCUUGAUUUGCAUGUUAGAACAGUCUAAAGAUGACCAAUGAAGAUGGUUUGCUAAAAUACUGCUGAAGCCAAAAAAAAAAAAAAAAAAAGUUUUAAAAAAAGAAGCUCCUCAUCAUUAGUCUUGACCCUUUGUAGCUUUUACCUUCUACACCAAAGCCACCUCAAAUAUUUGAGGGGGGGCUGAUGGAAAAUGAAAUAUUAAUUUUGCCUGGUCUUAAUAUCUAACAAAGAUGGUGCAAACACUAUUUGACAGUGUUGUUUUUGUAUCAAUAUGUAUGUGCAGUAAUGAAUGUAUUUAUUUCUCAGAUUCUGUAUGCACAGUUUUGCAAUGUAAUUCAGAAAGUUGCAAACACAAAGAUGUGUCCGCAGGGUCUUCUCUACAGGAUUUCAAAAAAAUGAAAAAAAUAUAUUAAAAAAAAAAGAAUCUCAGAGACUCUCAGCAUAGCCAUAAACCAUAACCUGUGAAGACAAUACAAAGACUGGACUUUUGUAGCUUUGCAUAGAAGAGGAAUUUAUGUUUUGCUGUAUUUAAAUGUUUCCAUUUACAGUGUCACUCUUUAAAGAUUCCUGUUUUGGUUUUUGUUUUUUUUUUUCCUCUCUCUUGUGUGUGUGGAAAGCAUUGUUUUCAAGCAGUGCAGGUUCAAAGUCUGGGUUAGCAGUAUUUUACCGUGUCGCUUCAGUUCUGAAAAGCAGGAGUAUGGGUCUUGAUGAGGGAAACAUCCAGCGCACUCAGUGAAACAAAACGAAUUCUGAAGUGACUGCUGGCAAAAUCCGGGAAGGUAGAAGUCAUCAGAGGAAAGGUUGUGUGCUUCCGAUUGCAGCUUGUGACUGAGACAAGUCUAUUGUCCUGCCCGAAGGACACUAAAGUCCUCCUCAUCCCCCACUUGCUGUUUACUGUGGUAGCAAUAAGGAUCUCAAAGGUGGGGAGUCGAUGCCUAAGACAGCUAGAGGAAACUUCGUGCCAAACCCAACAGUCUCUGUGCCAUCUUGUGAUGGGCCUUGCAAACUAUACCGAAGCAUGAGAUUUCCUGCAGUGUAAGGUGGCCAGAGUCCCUGGGAAAAGCUGUAUUUUACAAAGCUUCUUGUUCCAGUAUUGGUGGAGUUAGCAGUUAGGGACCUGCUACAGCCUUAAAAAUUAGCAUGUUUGUUGACUUCUGGAUGUUUGCCAAAUUCAGAAACCUUUCCAAUCAGCUGUGCUGGAGUUCAGGCAAAAGCAAAUCAAAACCAGAGACAAAAGCUCCCUACAUUUUGAAUGGGUUUGAGAGGCUCUAGAUAGUAACCAUCUAACUCUCCCCAGACAGCAGAAAUGCUCAGCAUUGAGAUAGCGUGUUUGAAUAAACAUUUAUUUAAACAAGAGUUUAAAAUCUAAAUGAGCUCUGAGCUGUAAUUCUGGAAUAAUUCGAUAGACUUCUAGCAUUUUUUUCUUACUUUUUGUUUAAACUUAAUGAUUUGUUCAACAUCAAUAAAGUCUCUCCAUUUACAAUAAACCCCUUUCUUCUCAUAAGCCUACUCUUGCACUCCGGAACUGGCCAUAUUCUUGAAAAAUAAAAUUUGGGGGUUGCUUUCAAUAGCUGAAAGUAGCUUCUGCAAUGUUUUGAGUCCUGUGGUACUUUAUUGUCCUGAUUUUAGUGCAGGAGACAAGCAGGCAAGCAGUACCUGAUUCUCAACCCCUUUCCACUCCUUGUAUUAUGCAUUUUCUCAGAGUAGGGUAAGAAAUUUUACCUUUGAUGAUUCUCCAUUAGACUCACUAAAAUUGCUGCUUUCCUUGUUAAAGGAAAAGAUCUGGGAUCCCUUGUGAGGCAUUUCCAGCUCUGCUGUAAGGCUCCUUGCUGGACCUCGUCGUAAGGAAGGCUUCUUGCUUUCAGCCCUCCAUCUCUGUGCCACAACAGAAUGGCUAUUUAUUCAGCUUUUCUUAUUUUAACUAACUGGACUCAAAAAUACCAAAACAUAAGUUUAGAGCUAGAAAUUUGUUCACUAGUCUCCUGUCACCAUCCUCUUCCCCUUUCCUCCCCAAUUUUCCUAAGUAUUUUGAAGCCCAGUGUUGAACACAUGGGGAACGAUGGAUCAGUGUUCUUUGAACAGAGCAGACGCUGUGGGAUGCAGUAGGGAAGGUUUAAACCAGAAUCUUUCAUGCUACGUUUGUUGGCAGUUAGGGACACACUUCAUAGCGCUUGCUUUCCUUGAGGAGUGGGACAUUUUUUAAACUUUCUCAUUCACAAGUUAUCAAUCGAAGCACCUAGCACAACUGUUGCUCUAACUUCCACGGGAGUUUUGACUGGCUGGGGAUAACUUUUCCAUGAGGAGACGAUCUUGUUCUGACUGGCUAGAUAUUUUUCCCCAUUUUAUUUUAAUGUUUUAAAUACAACUGAAAAAGGGAUGUUGCAUCUCUCUCAUUUUUUUUAAUUUUAAGCCUUAACUAUCAGUCAGUCUAGGAGCCCUGGAUGUUUCCUGGGGAGGGGGAGAGGAGGGGAGGGCAAGGAAAAGGCCGACAUUCCUGCUGCAAUGUUCUGUUCAUUUCCUUCAAGAGCUUGAAUUCAGGUCAGAGCCACACAUAGUUGUGGCUUCAACUCAAGUGUCAUAUAAAAAGAUACAGAAAUUAUAAUAUGAUCUCAGCAUUCAGAAAUUUGCAGUCUUAAUGUACAGUGAUGAGAAACUGUUAUUUUAUGAUCUUUUCAUUAAAAGCUUGAUU